AAAAAGACGCCGUCAAGAAAAAUCACAAUAGGAUUUCCAUUUUCCUAUUUUUUUUUUUAAAAAAAAUUGGACGCUGUUUUGAUUGCCAACGAUAUACAUAUAUGUUUGUCUCGUCUCACAGAUGCAGUUUCAGACUUCUGAUGAACACCCCAACAGUAACCAGAGCAACUGCUUCCUUCCAUCUACUUUGUCAGGUGAAUCAGCUGCAAGUUCUGAAACUUGCUUGCAACAGGGAUUGUUUGGCAGAAACAACCGUAUGAUUCCUCCUAGUCCUAGGCCCAUUCGAUUUUGGAGAGGGAGUUAUACAAGUCGACAUGAACUGUUAUUUUUUCCCAAUGAUGAGUUAGACUGGCCUUGUGGAAGAAGAAGAAGAACAACGACAGUUCAUGUGAUUUGGAAGAGGAAUCGCUCUCAGAAGUUGAGACGUGGGAGAUGGGUCAGACAGUGAAAGACGUCGACAAAGGCUCUGUUUCUCAAGAAGAUAUGCAUUUACAAGAUUGUCAGAAUCCAUUUUCGGAUAAGAGACAUACUUCGGAUGGGGAAUCUUCUUCACUUGUUUCAGAAGAACGUUCCUGUGUGACGAACCCUUUGGCAACGGAAUAGGGAAUAUCAUUGUCCAAAUAGUUUGGAUAUAUGAAGAUAUCCAUAUGAGUCAUGGUUGUGAUUGUGGUUGUUGUUAUGAGAUAUGUUAGGAGAUAUACCAAUAUGAUGAUGUUGUUGUUGUGUUGAUUGGGCAGUUGAACUUACAACUUUUUCGUUUUUGGGGGUAUUGGAGGUCUUAUAUAUGUGUUGGGGGGAAGAGAAAGAAGGAGGUGGACAAUUAGAAGAAAUAAUAUUUCUUUGUUUACUUUGUAUUUUCAUUUUGUGUGUCAUAUUUUUGGAUAUAAACAAAUGCAUUAGUUUUAUGUUUUCACAAGUUGA